AUGGCUGGUAUCGCCAACAGGCCUCUUUCCAUCUUCCGCAGACCAGAGUCUCCUAAGCCUCUGCACUCCCGGUGGGGUGACGUGGCGAUCUCCGUUCCCACAGACGGCUCAUGGAAUCAGUACGACAAUCCUCAUCGAAAUCCUCGGAGGCCAUCUUACGGGCCUGGUUUUGUUCCAGACUGCUCGCCUUCGGAGAAAAAGCUUCAUCAAGUGAACGAAGAGGAGAUCGCGGAGACUGGCGACAAUACAGAAGAAAGCACGUUGACGACCUCAACUAUCUCCCGUUGUAACUCUCUAUCUAUCAGUGGUCUGGGCGGAAUUCGAGCCGGUCGGCUUUCAGUCCGGCUGGCAUCUCGCCCAAAACACCUGAGAGAGGAACCCAGGAUGGAACGAGACAGCCAGUCAGAUCGAACGAGGCCUGAAUUUGAAUACAAGCCGAUUCAAAACGAUUAUGCCACUGAAGUCUCGGAGAUUUCAAGCCAAAGCACCCCACGGUAUCGGUAUAUUCCCGCUAGUGGGCGAUACUUGGAGGAUAACCUUGGUCCUAUCCUUCGAAGCCAAUCCGCAAGAUCUUGUCGCAGCUCACGGGCUCGGCGUGACUCCUUUUCCGAGUCUCUGGAUGACAGUGAUUAUGAUCGCAACCAUCAUUCACGGAUGCAAGCUCCAUCGAGGGCCAGCUCGCGUCAAGAGGAUGAUAGACAGAGUCUGAGAUCCAGCUUGGGCGAUAGCUCUGAUAUUGCAGGCUCUCGGCUCAGCAGCUUUGGGUUGCCGCCUAGGCGGAGGACUUCUCCAUUUGUUGCGGCGGAUCGGAGGUCCUCAUCUUUGAAACCUAUGACUCUGGCGAUGGUUCCUGAUCCUGAUGACCUCUAUUAA